ACCCUUCAUUUAAAAAUCAACCUCAUCCGUAAUAACUUCUCUCUCUUUCACGCUCUUCCCUUUGAGCCUCUUCUUUCGCGAUGGACGUUUCACGGUUUCUCCGAAAAUCUCCUGCACUGGUCUUUUAUCUUCUCCUCGUGAUCGUAGCUUUCGAUUUCGGCGACGAGAACUGCGCCGUCGAGGCGCGCCACAAGGUUUAUCCUGAGUACCAGUCCCUCCCGGCCGUCUCCGUGAAGUAUGCCCAUCGGACCGGCUACCACUUUCAGCCUCCUAAACACUGGAUCAACGAUCCAAAUGGACCCAUGCACUACAAGGGAUGGUACCAUCUCUUCUACCAAUACAACCCCAAAGGGGCGGUGUGGGGCAACAUAGUGUGGGCCCACUCGGUGUCCAAGGACCUGGUCAACUGGCGAGCCCUCCCUCCGGCCAUCUACCCCACCAAGCCCUUCGACAUAAAUGGGUGCUGGUCCGGGUCCGCCACCGUCCUUCCGGGCAAUCGCCCCAUCAUUCUCUACACCGGCAUCGACACCAAGAAUCACCAGGUCCAGAACUACGCUGUCCCUGCCAAUGCCUCCGACCCCUACCUCCGCGAGUGGACCAAGCCCGACAACAACCCCAUCGUCGACCCUGGGCCUGGCGUCAACGCCAGCGCCUUUCGCGACCCGACCACCGCGUGGUUCGAGGAUGGGCACUGGAAGAUCCUUGUUGGCAGCAGAAGGAAGCAUCGGGGGAUGGCAUAUUUGUAUAGGAGCAGGGAUUUCAUCCACUGGACCAAGGCAAAGCACCCGCUGCACUCGGCGCCGAAGACCGGCAUGUGGGAGUGCCCUGACUUCUUCCCUGUUUCAAAGAACAAUGCCAACGGGCUGGACACGUCGGCACUCGGCCAAGGUGUGAAGCAUGUCUUGAAGGUCAGCCUCGAUCUAACACGGUAUGAGUAUUACACGAUCGGGACUUAUCACCCUGACAAGGACAGGUACAUGCCGGAUAACACCUCGGCCGAUGGGUGGAGCGGCUUGAGGUACGAUUACGGCAACUGCUACGCUUCCAAGACAUUCUUUGACCCAGUUAAGAACCGGAGGCUCCUGUGGGGUUGGGCCAAUGAGUCCGACGCCGUCCAAUCUGAUGUCCAAAAGGGAUGGGCUGGGAUUCAGACGAUUCCAAGGAAAAUAUGGCUUGACAGCUAUGGAAAACAACUGUUGCAAUGGCCUGUUGAAGAGCUAGAAACUCUGCGGGGACAAAAUGUUCACAUGAGCAGUGUCAAGCUCAACAAUGGUGAACAUGUCGAGAUUAAGGGAAUUACAGCAGCUCAGGCUGAUGUGGACGUGGUGUUCUCGUUCUCGAGCCUGGACGGGGCCGAGCAAUUCGAUUCGAGCUGGCUGAACGCGCAAGACCUCUGCGGCUUGAAGGGGUCGGGAGUUCCAGGCAAUGUUGGGCCUUUCGGGCUCUUGACGCUGGCUUCUGAGCACCUGGAAGAGUUCACCCCCGUCUUCUUCAGGAUCUUCAAAGCCGAUGACCAAAACAAGCACAAAGUGCUCAUGUGCUCUGAUGCAAGGAGCUCGUCUCUCAAAUCAGGAAUCUAUAAACCAUCUUUUGCUGGUUUCGUGGACGUGGAUCUGAGCGAUGGGAAGAUUUCUCUCAGGAGUCUGAUCGAUCAUUCCGUGGUGGAGAGCUUCGGGGCCGGAGGCAAGACAUGCAUCACAUCUAGGGUGUACCCGACACUUGCGUUGCUCGGCAAUGCCCGUCUCUUCACCUUCAACAACGGGACUCAGACGAUCACGAUCGAGACUCUCGAUGCCUGGAGCAUGAACCGGCCGGUGAUGAACCAAGCUCUUGAGUAGAGCAAAAACGUCAGUAUGUCUUCGGCUCUAGGCAACAUUAGGUAGAGGACAGGGCUGUGUUUGAUGCCCAAUGUAAAUAGUAAAUAAUCGCCCUCUGACCGAGGGGCGAUAGCCAGCUAGAUCUUGUUUGUAGACAGCUGACAAGUAAUUUGCUUGCACAAAUAAAUUAAUUAGGAUGUUUAUUUGCUCCAAGAAUAUAUUUUCUUCAACCGGCCAUGCAUGAAACUGGUUAUAAAUAGAAUUAUCA